AGUGGUGAAGUGUGGUUACAAUGAACGUCUAUCUCUUUGCUGUGGUUGUGAUUCUAUGGUACAUGUUGUAUAGAUACAGGCGACGACGCGUGUACGAACUAGCCGCGCUUAUCCCGACCGCCCCCGAGAAAAUUCCCUAUGUGGGUGCACUACAACAUUCCUAUAAUAUUAUGAAUAAUAUAAUCGACUUGAUUCACAAGUACACAGACUUCGCCCAAAACAACGGAGGCUUUGUCAAAAUUUGGGUCGGUCCGAUGCUAUAUGUGGGUAUAACAAACCCCGAAGAUGUAGAGUUCAUUUUAAAAAAUUGCUUAGAGAAGGCAGAUAUAGUGAAGUUGAUCAGGAGUAUCGUCGGCAAUGCUGGGAUAUUUGCACCAGUAUCAAUAUGGACACGGCGCAGGAAACUUUUAAUACCGGCAUUCAGUCCCAAAAUUAUCAAUAGCUUUAUGAAUAUCCUUAUCAAUCAAAGUGAAGAAUUGGCAAAGCAAUUGUCACGUCAUAAAAAGGUCGGAACCGGGCGAUUUGAAGCUUGGUCAUUUAUUAGUGCGUAUACCUUGGGCUCUGUUUGUGAAACUGCUCUGGGCAUACGAAUUAACUAUGUUCAGAAUCCUGAUAAUAAGUUUCUAAAAGCCGCUACGAAUCUCUUUGCGCUGAUGGCUGACAGGAUAUUUCAAGUAUGGCUUUGGCCUGACGUGAUUUACAACUGUUCCUCUAAAUCAACUGAAUUCUAUGAAAAUCUGAAAACAGUGUACGACUUAACCGAUGAGAUAAUUCAGACAAAAAAAGAAGAACUCAAAGAUGAGGACAUACAAUUAGACAGCGAUAGCGUUAUUUUUGGUCAAAGUCCCAAAAAAGUUCGAUGCUUCCUGGAACAUCUAAUACUGUUGUCGAAAAAUUCUGGUGGCUUCACUGAUGUAGAACUGAGAGAGGAAGUUAUAACCUUUCUUUUAGCAGGAACGGACACUUCGUCUGUUGCUAUUUGUAAUACACUGACAUUACUAGCAAAGUAUCCUAAAGAACAAGAAAAAGUUUAUCAAGAAAUAGUGGAGGUUUUAGGAGAAUUAGAUCGUCCUUUAGAAAAAGAUGACCUCAAGGAAUUUAAAUACUUGGAAAGAGUAAUAAAAGAAUCACUUCGGCUUUUCCCUCCAGCGCCAUUGUUGAUAAGAAAGGUUACUGAAGAAACAUCAAUGCCUACAGGGGUGACUCUACCAGCAGACACUGGUAUCAUAGUAUCAGUAUGGGGAAUUAGUCGAGAUAAGAAGCAUUGGGGACCAGAUGCAGAUUGCUUCAACCCGGAUAGAUUCCUGCCUGACAGGAAGACAGGCUUGUUCAUACCAUUUAGUUCUGGUCCACGAAAUUGUGUAGGUUACCAAUACGCUUUAUUGUCAGUAAAAAUGGCGCUUGUUGGUGUACUACGGCGAUAUAAAGUUGUUGGCCAAGAAGAAGAAGGUCCUGCUCCAAAGAUAGAUACUAAAUUCACGAUUAUGAUGAAAGCAAAGGAUAACUAUCAAAUAGCUUUGGAAGCUAGAUAACACAAUAGUUCCAGAUAAUUUAUUGUGUAAGUGUAUCUAAUUACAAUAAUUUAAUAGCAUGUGCAAUAAUUGCUCGUUUAAACUAAAGUUUUAUGGUAUCUUGCGAAAUUAAGAAAUCCUGAGAACUAGAGUUACCUGUUGAGUAUUUCUUUAAAUAUAAUAAAUGUUGCUUAAAGAGG